CUGCCUGCCUUCGAUUGAUAUAAUUGUCCCCCGGUGUUCCUUCUCUCCAAGACAUUUCCCCCCCCCCCUCAUCCCACAUUUCAGCUUUUCCCCCGGACUUCCUCUGCCUGUGAGCACCUGCACCACCUUCGGCGCAAACGAUGUACGACUCUUCAGUCUCCGCUGCGGAGAAUAAGAUUGAGCAUCAUGGAAGCGGUGAUCCGAAGGUGCCCAACUAUUAUGGCGAAGAGGAUGGUCCCCCGGUAAAAGGGGAGAUGGAGCUUAACGUGGGUGGCCGUGGUGCCACUCAGCGUCGGCUCAAAAACUACCACAUCAGCAUGAUUGGAUUCUGUGGUGGUAUUGGAACUGGUCUCUUCGUUGGAGCCGGCUCUGCCUAUGCGAAAUCAGGGCCGGCCGGUUUGUUGUUGGCAUACAUUGUCGUGGGGUUUGUGCUGUGGUGUGUCAUGCAAAGCAUCGCCGAGCUGGCGACCGUCUUUCCUACUGCAGGCUCCUUCCCCCACUGGGCUACUCGGUUCAUCGAUCCCGCCGUCGGUUUCUCUCUCGCCAUCACUUACGGAUAUUGUUACACCAUUGCCAUUGCUUCAGAGGUCUCCGCGGCCGCGGUCGUGGUGAGCUACUGGUCAGACAUAACACCGGCCGUGGUGAUAACAGUCGGUUUGGCACUGAUCUUGAUCAUCAAUCUGAUGAGUGUCCGUUUCUAUGGCGAGAGUGAAGUCGUGACAGGUGCCAUCAAGGUCUUGUGUUUUCUGGGCUUGGUGAUCGUGGCCAUCGUGAUCACCGCAGGCGGCGGCCCGAACCACGAGACCAUUGGCUUCCGCUACUGGCACAACCCUGGUCCCUGGACCAACUACAAUGGCAUUACAGGACCAACUGGGCACUUUCUGGGAUUCUUGUCAGCCUUCGUCAACGCCUCCUUCAGUUUUGUUGGAGUCGAGACUGUCGUCAUUGCCGCCGCCGAAGCUAUGGACCCGCACCGCGCCAUCCCCAAGGCUGCCCGUCGCGUUACCUACCGCAUUGCCUUCUUCUACAUCCUCGGAGCCCUGCUCAUUGGAAUGAUUGUCGAUCCCCGGACCUCUGGCCUCACCUCUGGCUCUGGCAAUGCCAACAGCUCUCCAUGGGUCAUCGCCAUCAAGCAGGCCGGCAUCAGUGGUCUCCCCUCGGUUGUGAAUGCCUGUGUUUUGAUCUCUGCCUGGUCUGCCGGUAAUUCGUACUGCUGGGUCGGCUCACGCAUGAUCGUAGCCAUGACCACCGAUCACCAACUCCCCCAGUUUUUCGGCAAGGUCACAAAGAAAGGUGUUCCGUAUGUUGCAGUGGUCGUCUCCUGGCUCUUCGGCCCUCUGGCCUAUCUGAGUCUCGGAAGUGGUGGUCCUUCUCAAGCCUUUACCUGGCUCCUUAACCUUAGCACAAUCGCCGGCUUAAUUGCUUGGGCGACUCUCAGCUUUUGUUAUAUUCGCUUCCAUCGGGCGAUGAAGGUCCAAGGCCAUAGUCGCGAUACCCUCCCUUGGCAGGGCCCAUUCCAGCCCUACACCGCGUGGGUGGGAUUCAUUGGAUCCACCAUUAUCACUCUUGUGGCCGGAUUCCCUGUCUUCCUCAAGGGGAACUGGUCUACCUCGGACUUUUUCGCCUCGUAUGUUGGCAUUCCGAUCUUCAUUGUGCCAAUCAUUCUCUGGAAGAUCUUCAAGAAAAGCAAGUUUGUCCGCGCAUCUACUCUGGAUCUCUGGUCUGGCCGCCUCGUGGAGGGCGAGAUCAUUGUCAAAGACCACGGACCCCGGACGCCCCUCAAGCGCUUUGUUGACUGGAUCUUCUAAGUACAUACACAUGCUGUUGUAUAUAGACUUGUAUAUACCUAGACGGUGAUACCCACUAGACUUUUUUUUUCAACCC